CUCACUUCUCUGGCGAGAGUGGUGGUAAUUACCAUCAUCUUUGAAAUAAUAUGUUUGAAACUUAGUUCACACCAAGAAUGUUUAAAUAUGUCCACGUGUGAAUUUUGUGAAAUAAGUGUGAAUUAACACAUUAAGUGUGUUCUUUGUGAUCGAUUAGCUUUCUUUGUGUAGCACGUGAGUGGAGUAGAUAGAAUUGCCUGGAAAUAAUAUUGUGCCCUGUGUGUGUUUCCUACAGGUAUGUUUGAAAUUAUAUGUGAUUACUGUACACAUAUACAUGUAUAUAUUUGAAAUGCGUUUUAUUUUGAGUAUUUUCUGACAAAGUUUAAGAGGCUUAUGCCUUCCUUAUUUCUUUUAAGCUUGUGGUGAGUGAUAUUUUAUUAUUUCAUAUUGUGAUUUAUUAUUUGUGUUGAGAUUAUAUUCAUAUUGUUAUAUUUCAUGGUGAAAUAUUGCUGCUACGGUGCAUUUUAUUUUAUUUUGAUUCAUUUCAGUGUUUAUACAUUAGUUUUGUUUUACCUGUAGUAUUAUGUGUUGAUUUGUCAUUGUUAGAAGCACAUUGUGUGCCGUGGGGGUUAGGUGAUCUCUCACUUCUCUGGCGAGGGUGGUGCACGUGAGUGGAGUGGAGAGAAUUGCCUGGAAAUAAUAUUGUGCCCUGUGUGUGUUUCCUACAGGUCCAAUAAAACUGGGACCCCAUCAGUUUGUCGUGGCUUCUAUUUUCAGCAUUGAAAAACACAACCAGAGUAAAACCGUUACAUAAAAUUGGUGCCGUGACCCGGAUUGGGAGUGAGGUUUAGGGGGGUGAGUGUAACGGAGGCAAGCUAGUGUAGAGCUGUGCAGUGUGUCCGAAUCAGCCACAGCCGAUCGACGGAGUUGAACAGCGUGCCUGUGGCGUGGGAUAGCCAUACAUGAAGGCCAGGGAACCAAGGUCGCCAAAGUUUUUGUGGUAACAAAAAAAACAUUCUGGAGAGGCUCACUUUAGUCUGCUCAUAUGUAAACUGGACUAUUGAACUGUUAUUUUCCCUCUAUAUUUUGUUGACAUCUUAAGAUAAUUGCAGGGGGAAAUUUUUUUACCUCUUGUUACUGCUGUAAGAUUUUAUCAUGGCUGAUGCACAAAGAGACUUUGAUAUGUUAACACCAUGUUUUGGUAGAGGCAGAGGGGUAUUGCAAAGCAAUGAAUUUGUUGUGGGUAAACCAAGAGUGUUAGGCUACAGCCCUGAAUCACCUGGUCCAUUAGGAAAUCACACUACUGAACCUACUGCUUCCACACCAAACAAUAACAAUGGUGAUUUCACACAGCAGCUACGUGAUCUAAUUUGUGAGUUAGGCAGUCAGAUUGGAGACUCAAUUGCUUCACGGCUAUUAGCGGGCAAUACAAAUGUUUCUACAAUUUCACCCCAACCAAGUUCCGUCAGACCUGAGCAUUCCAAUGCAGGCUUGAGCCUCCCUAAUGUCAGCCUUGUCGUUAAACCAGAUGUUAAGGAACCCCCUAUGUUUGGAGGUGAUGGGAUAGACAGGUACAAUGUCCAAGAAUGGAUUGAGCUAAUGGAUUUGUAUUUGCGGAUAAAAGACUGCGCUGAAGCUGACCAAGCUAAUGAGAUCCUGGGCCACCUGUUAGGCAGAGAUAAGAGCAUUGUCAAAGUUAGACUUAAGAGUAGUCCUAGUACACAUGUUUCCUCUGAAACUAUCUAUGAUGAGUUGAAGCGUUACUUUAGUGACAGUCCUGCUUCAUGUCAACCGCUUGCUGAUUUUUAUGCGACCUGUCCCAAAGCAAAUGAAUGUCCUGUUGACUUCUGGGUCAGAUUAAAUGCAGCUGCAGAAAUGGCAGAUAGCCACCUCCGAAAACAAGGUGGUCAGUUUAAAAACAUGAGCUCUGAAAUUGCUCUGAUGUUCAUCCGGAAUUGUCCUGACCCUGAAUUAUCUAGCGUGUUCAAAUGUAAACCCAUAAGUAAAUGGUCUGUCAAUGAUAUUCAGGAGGCAAUAGAUGAACACCAAAGAGAAACCCAGUUAAAGAAAAUGUCUAAAGUUGCACAUAAAGCAAACAUAAUUCAAGUCGCAACAGCCAAAGUGUCAGCUGACCCUCAUCAUGUUGAUGUUCAGGGAGCAUGUUUGAAUGUAGAUGCACUGUUACUUCCACAAAGGCCGUUGAACCUACAACUUCUGAAGCUGGCACCCUUGAGCGUGUCUAUGAGCUAAGUAUGUUAGAAAGAGUACUGGAACGAACGAGCCAAAACUCUCCUGUCUCACAACCAAGAGCUUCUCAAUGGCGAAACUUCUCCUGUAGAGUCUGUGGUGAUAAGAAUCAUUCCACCCGUUCGCACUGCAUGAGUGAGAGGAGAUGCUUGUCGUGCUUUGAGAUCGGACACCAGCAAAGGGAUUGUCACAAAGUCGUUGCUCCGGCUGCCUUGUCCCCCAACAGCCAGCCCCUACAGGGAAACUAGCAAGCUCGCAUACGGGAGGGGACUAUGUGAGUGUUAACAGUCAAACCCUCACCAUGGAAGAUGACAUGUCUGUUUACGAAGAGUGUUGCAAGUCUGCCGGUGCUAACAGUUCAGUCUUAUUUCAGAAUACCAUGAAAUUGGAAAAGGCUGAUAGUCUGUUCUAUACUACAGUUGUUAUAAAUGACAAAGUCACAGUUAAAGCGUUACUGGAUAGUGGAUCUAUGGCAUGUACAAUUAACGAGGAAAUUUAACGUGACCUGCUGAGCACAGGGCUCCUUAUUCAAUCAGACCAGUUGCAUACAGAUGUCCUUCUUGUUGGCUGUGGUGGUGUCAAAGUCAAGCCAAAAGCAACUCACCAGCUGAAGAUGGAUGUUUACAGCUAGUUGGUAAUCGUCCCCACAUUAGUAGCGCCUGGCCAGAGAGACCAAUUGAUUCUGGGGACUAAUGUCAUUAAGUAUUUGCUUACCCAACUUAAGAAAACUCCCAGAUACUGGAAUGUUAUAAAUCGGCCUGAAACCACCGGUGAAACUGAUAUUGAGCAGUUUCUGAACAUGUUGUCAGGCUCCAUCCGAUGGAAAGGUGACACUAUUCCUAACAUUGUGGGCACUGCAAAACUGGCUCAGGCUGUGACUUUUCGGCUUGUCAAGAACACCUUGUAUGGGCAAAGCUUCCUUCCUUCCAUUUCAAUGGGCAGCACCAUAGUCAUAGAACCCCCCCCAAAGCACAAACCCAUAAGAAAGGCAUCUUAGUGGGAAGAGUCAUUGCACACAUGUCUGGUGACAGAUGGGUCCCAGUCAGGGUCAUUAAUCCUCUGGACAAACCUGUCACUUUGAAAAGAAACACAAAAAUAGCUGACGUGUUUCCUGCUGUCGCAGUUGAGGACCGUGAUGCAUAUUCCUGCAUGGAGAGUAAUGAAACUAUGUACAUGCAGAAUCAGAGUGUUACUAGUGCUGUUGGAGGCGAAGAGACAUGGUCUGGUGUCAACAUCCAUGAAAGCUUGUGCAAACUCAACCUAAGUGACCUGAAUAUCGAUGCAUGUGAGGUGUCCUCCUAUUGGAAGAACCAGUUGGUGCAGCUCAUUGGGAAGCAUGAGAAUGUAUUUUCCAAGCACAAACUGGAUUGUGGCAAAGCCAAUGAGUUUGUUCACCGCAUCCAUCUGUCAACCAGUCGUCCAUUUAGGCUCCCAUACCGCCGUGUAUCUCCGUCUCAUUAUCAGAAGUUGAGGAGCGUGUUUUUUGAAAUGGAAGAACAGUAGAUAAUACGCAAAUCACACAGCGAGUGGGCCUCACCGCUUGUGUUGGUGUGGAAGAAAAACGGAGAUCUCAGGGUAUGUGUGGAUUAUGGCUGGCUGAACGCCAGGAGUUUUAAGGAUGCCCAUCCCUUGCCUCACCAGGCGGAUUGUUUAGCGGCCUUGGGAGGUAACGCCAUCUUUAGUGCUAUGCACUUAACCUCUGGGUUUUAUAACAUCAUCAUGUCAGAAGAGGAUAAGAAGUUCACCGCCUUUACAACUCCUAUGGGCCUUUACGAAUUCAAUCGCCUACCACAAGGGCUCUGUAACAGUCCGGCUAGUUUCAUGAGGCUCAUGACCAACAUCUUUGGAGAUCAGAAUCUUCUCACACUACUAUUUUAUCUUGAUGACUUGCUCGUGUAUGCCCCGAACGAAGAGGAAGCUAUCAAACGGCUUGAGUUGGUGUUUACAAGGCUCAACGAACAUGGACUGAAGUUGGCUCCUAAAAAGUGCCACUUUUUAAGGAAGAGCGUGAAGUUCCUGGGACACGUCAUCGACCAGAAUGGAGUGGCAACAGAUCCGGAUAAAGUCAGAGCAAUAACUGCUAUUUCAGAAGCGGACCUCAUGAUGUUGGAUGGUGUAACGCCUUCGCAAAAGAAUAUCAAAUAAUUUCUAGGAAUGGCGCUAUAUUAUCAAAAGUUUAUACCGAAUUGUUCCAGUAUUGCGAAGCCCUUGUUUAAUUUAACGGCUGCACCGAAAGGGAGAAAUGUCCCCGCAAAAGGCACAGCAUUCUUCAGAAAAAAACCCUGAAGAUUGGAAGCCAGAACAUGUUUAAGCAUUUAGAAAGUUAAAGGGAGCAUUGCUGGAAUCAGUCGUGUUGGCUCAUCCCGACUUUACUCAGCCUUUUAUCUUGUGCACAGACGCGUAUAUGGAUGGGUUGGGAGCUGUACUGUCGCAAGUACUGGUGGGUGAAACUAAGGCACGUCCCAUUGCCUUUGCUAGUAGGGCCCUCACACGUGCACAAGCCAAGUAUCAUGCACACCAACUGGAGUUUUUGGCCUUAAAAUGGUCUGUCUGCGACAAAUUCUCUCACUGGCUGAAGGGGCACGAUUUUACAGUUUGGACAGACAACAAUCCGUUAACACACAUCUUAACCAAACCCAGGCUCGAUGCAUGUGAACAGAGGUGGGUGUUCAAACUCGCACCUUACAAUUUCAGUAUACACUAUAUACCAGGUACCAAAAAUAUUGUUGCAGAUGCUUUGAGUAGACAACCAUUCAUCCGUCAAUGUGUUAGUCAGAGGCUGAUUUCUGAACCGUACAGUGUCUUGCUAAAUGAGGCAAAGCAAGUGCAGGAAGGUGUCAUCCAAGAUGUUUUCAGACUAAUUGCAGAUACCUGUAAAGUUGAAAAUCUCCCCUUUGAAGCCACGAAACAUUGCUCUCUUACCAUAGCUGAAGUUGCAGCAGUCCUUGAUGGCCAUGCAGAAUGGGAAGUCGGUGCUCACGACAGAGCUGUUAAGUGGCUUACUCAGGAUACCUUGCAGUACUUGCCUCCAGGUUGCAGUGCCCUGCCAGUUUUCUCUACAAGAGAUUUGCAAGAGAGACAGCAAAGUGAUGCCAUUUUAUCGAGAGUGCUAUUCUACGUGGAUAGAGGGAAGAGGCCAUCCAGGCGUGAAAGAGCCAAAGAAACAUUUGAAGUACCAAAAACUCUGAAACAGUGGGGAAAACUCAAGAGGGUUGAUGGUGUCCUAUACAGAGUGAGUAAAGAUAAUCUUACCGGCAAGAGGAGGCUGCAGUACGUUGUUCCAGAUUUCUUAGUGAAGCAUGUUCUGCAGGAAGUCCACGACGAGGCUGGACAUCAAGGCCAGGGCAGGACAUUAUCCUUCUCCAGACAGCGGUUCUUCUGGACAAAGAUGGAAAGUGAUGUUCGUGAUCACGUUAGAUGUUGUGAGCGGUGUGUUGUGAGUAAGACGCCAGAGCCUGAAGGGAAGAGCACCAAUGGAGAGCAUUAAAACAUCAAGCCCGCUGGAAUUAGUUUGCAUAGACUUUUGGUCCGCGGAAAACUCUAAAGGUGGUACUGUGGAUGUUCUAGUCGUAACUGACCACUUUACCAGGCUAGCCCAUGCCUUUCCUUGGAACGACCAGUCGGCAAAGCAAGUGGCGAGAAUUUUGUGGGAUAGGUAUUUCUGCGUGUAUGGAUUUCUAGACAGAAUCCAUUCGGACCAAGGGGCGAAUUCUGAGAGCCGUCUGAUUCAUGAGCUGUUGGAAGUUGCGGGUGUGAAGAAGUCCAGGACAACUGCCUAUCACUCCAUGGGCAACGGUCAGGCCGAGAGGUUCAAUAGGACUCUGGGUGGGAUGUUGAGGGCUUUGCCACCAAGAGCCAAGCAGAAAUGGCCGCAGCUGUUACAAACAUUGACGUUCACCUACAAUUGUACUUCACACGAGACAACAGGCUAUGCUCCAUUCUAUUUGAUGUACGGAAGGAUUCCCCAACUUCCUGUGGAUGUUAUGUUCAGCAGUGUAGAAAGAGACAAUGACAUUGCCGGCUAUGAUGCAUAUGUGAAACACCUAAGAGCUGAUCUGAAACAAGCUUUAACUCUUGCUCAAAAGAAUGCUGAAGCCAGUCAGCAGAAGCAGGCGGACAUGUAUAACCGCAAUAUGAGAGGUUGCAGAAUUGAAGUUGGCGACCGGGUCUUGUUGGCAAACAAGGGAGAACGUGAAAGAAGAAAAUUGGCAGACAAAUGGAACUCUACCCCUUACAUUGUUGUUGCUUCAAAUCCUCAGUGUCACACUUACCGUGUGCGUAAUGUUAGCACUGGUCAAGAAAAGGUGGUUCACAGAAACCUACUACUUCAAGUUAACUUCCUGCCAGUUAGGGCAGAUGAAAUUGAACCUGAAUUCAGCGACUCUGAUGAUUUCUCAGAUGGCCCUGAUGGAGAAACUUUGAGUGAUGUUGUCAUGCCAGUGGCCGAAAGCGGUGAUGCAGUUGCUCGUGUUGCCAGUUGGGUAGUGGGGUCUACACCCCCAGAAGAAGAAAGGUGUCUUUCCUUAAUUUCUUGCAGAAAUGUUCCAGUAUCAAAAGAAAUAAAAUACUUCAAAUCCACAUAUCCAAAGAACAAAAGAUUAGAUGUCUCAGGUUGUCUCGUGGGUGGCUUGCCAUCUUUACUCGAUUCUAGAUUCCCUCAUGUAACAUGUGUUUUAAUCUCCCUCGGAGUUACGGAGAAUGACGCAAUAUUGGGCCUACUACUUUGAAUUUGAAUUCCAGCACGAAAAAUUUGGUAUCUAAGAAUAAUUGUAAGCGAUUAAGAUGCUUCGCAACUUCUUGCGCAAGUUUCUCUGUGCAUUCUCACGCUGUCUCUCUAUUAUUCUUUUUUCCGAGAUGCUUCCGUGGGGCGGAGUCAACUCGACCUAGUCUAUUUCUAUUGGCUGCUCACCUGCGCAGCAGCUAAGGCUGAAAGUGAAAUACAAUUUAUUGCAACUUAUUACAGAUUGGUUCUUAUCCUUUAUAAACCAUAUCUGUAUGGAAUAGAUUACAUGUAUUAUUUUUCAUUUCGUUACUACACUUAUUAGUUAGGUGUAAUUUCGCUGACUAAACUGACCCAGCCCAACAAACAUUGGUCCGACGGCAACGUCGUGUCCCUGGCCUAAAAUAGUCGCGGUAGGACGGCAUAAACCGGUAAAAAUAUGUGACAUAUAACAUUUCCUAAAAAUGCAUUGAGAUACAUUUGUACAUGUCAACAGAUCUCUAUGGGUUGCAUGUAUGAUUGUUACUUUGACUUUAGCUACGUGUAAUUAUAUAAAUAUUGAAGCGGUUGAAAGGGCGUCCUCUUGUGACGUCCUCUACACGUGCAUUUUUAGUCCAUCGUGACCCUUUGUAAAGUUCUUAUGAAAUAAGCAAAAUAAAUUGUGCUUACCUUGCAUAAUACUGCAAUGAUUCAUUUGAGUGCCCAAUUAGUUAUAAAAAUGUUGUGAUAGACGUCCGUUGACGUUACACGUCAAACAACACCCAUUGCAAAAAGCAGGAAAUCUUUUUUUUAAAUACACGAUCAUUUGUAUUCAUCUUAGUUAAAUGACACAUUUACAUAUAUAAUGUUAUAAUAUCUGCUUUCACAAUUUAAAGUGGAUGAUUGCCAAAACUGUGCUGUCAAAAUCGGUGAUUCAUACUCCACUCCAGUUGGUGGCGGUAAUGCGCCUUCAGUUGAUUUACCAUCAGCAAUAAACUCUAAAGAAGAAGAAGACUCGGGAAUGGCGGUGUGGUUUAUUUCGAAAAGUGACGGAGUUAUACAAAUACUACUGUUGGAUGCUGUGAACAGGUGUAGCCCAAAUGCAACAGAUUCAGACUUUGAUGCAGCAAUGGCAGAUCACCUGAAGCACACUGGGGUUGAUGGAUACUUGUUUUAUGGCUGUUUUAACAGUAAUACAAGACUGUUAGGAAAUAA